UGAAAGUCUUGAAGAAUAACUCAUUGAUCAAUCUCCAACAAGGCUCAGAGUUGGUCGUGUAAACCGUACAUAGAAGUUAUUUGGAGAAAACGUGCGCGUUACUCCUUAAACGUCAAUUUCUUGUUUUCACUUGGACGAACAAACAGGGCAGCUGCAAUGUGGAUUCAAGUGCGCACAAUGGAUGGGAAGGAAACCCACCGGGUGGAUUCCUUGUCCAAACUCACCAAGGUGGAUGAGCUGCGUCUCAAAAUCACGGAGCUCUUCAAUGUGGAGCCCGAGAGGCAGAGGCUGUUCUACCGGGGCAAGCAGAUGGAGGACGGCCAUACCAUAUUCGACUACAACGUGGGCCUAAAUGACAUAGUACAGCUGCUUGUUAGGCAGAAGGCGCCCCCUGUUGAUGUUGUCAAAAGCAAGGACAAAGAAGCUGAGCUCUCUGACUCCGACUCCGGUUGUGGCUCAACCCAGAGUGAAUCUGACAAGAACUCCACUCACGGUGAGGUAGAAGGUCAGACCGCCGGCACCUCUGCCCAGACAAACACCCCAGAGCUCGUCGAUCCAGGAUUUGGAUUUUACAAGAUCAAUGAACUGGUAGAUGCAAGGGACUUGAACAUGGGGGCAUGGUUUGAGGCCCAGAUCGUCAAUGUUACAAAGACAGCAAAGACUCCGAAAGAGGAGGCUGCUGAGGCACACCCAGCGGAGGAGGAGAUACUGUACCAUGUUAAAUAUGAAGACUACCCAGAGAACGGUGUGAUUCAGUUGCUGGUCAAGGAUGUUCGCCCACGGGCCCGUACAGUGUAUCAGUGGCACCAGCUGGAGCCUGGAAUGGUCGUUAUGGUCAACUACAACCCAGACGACCCCAAGGAGCGCGGCUACUGGUAUGACGCUGAGAUCCAGAGGAAGAGGGAGACACGCACUGUGCGAGAGAUCUACGCCAAGAUUAUCCUCGGUGAUGCUGGUGACUCUCUUAAUGACUGCCGGAUCAUGUUCCUGACCGAAAUCUACAAAAUCGAGGAGCCUGGUUCUCUGGGUGACACCCCAGCUGGAUCUGAGAGUCCACUCAAAAGAUCAAAUGGCCCCGAGUGCAAGCACUGUAAGGAUGAUCCCAAAAAAAACUGUCAGUGGUGUAAUUGCAAAAUCUGUGGCAUCAAGCAGGAUCCUGACAAACAGUUGUUGUGUGAUGAAUGUGACAUGGCCUUUCACACUUACUGCCUGAACCCUCCGCUCACCUCCAUCCCAGAAGAUGAGGACUGGUAUUGCCCAGGUUGCCGUAAUGACGCCAGUGAGGUUGUGUUGGCUGGAGAAAAACUGAAGGAGAGCAAGAAGAAAUCUAAGAUGGCCUCUGCCAGCUCCUCCAGCCAGAGGGACUGGGGCAAGGGAAUGGCCUGUGUUGGUCGAACUAAGCAGUGCACUAUUGUCCCGUCCAACCACUACGGCCCAAUACCCGGCAUCCCCGUCGGCUCACUGUGGAAGUUCAGAGUGCAGGUCAGUGAAUCUGGCGUCCACAGGCCACAUGUAGCUGGGAUUCAUGGCAGAAGCAAUGAUGGCGCCUACUCUCUGGUCCUGGCAGGAGGCUAUGAGGAUGACGUGGAUGAUGGUAAUGAGUUCACUUACACUGGCUCUGGAGGGCGAGAUCUUUCUGGAAACAAGAGGACUGCUGAGCAGUCGUGUAAUCAGACACUUACCCACAUGAACCGGGCGCUGGCUCUCAACUGUAACAUCCCUGUCAACGACAAAAAUGGAGCUGAGGCUAAGAACUGGAAGGAAGGCAAACCGGUUAGAGUUGUGCGCAGCUGCAAGGGUCGCAAGCACAGUAAAUAUUCCCCUGAAGAAGGAAACAGAUAUGAUGGGAUAUAUAAGAUAGUGAAGUACUGGCCAGAAAAGGGAAAGUCUGGCUUCUUGGUCUGGCGGUAUCUGUUGAAGCGUGAUGAUGAUGAGCCGGCACCAUGGACCAGAGAUGGCAAGGAACGCAUCAAGAAGCUCGGUCUAACCAUGCAGUAUCCUGCUGGCUAUCAGAAAGAGAAGGAGAACAAAAAUGAAGUGGAGGAAGCGGCAGCAACACCCAGCAAAGCGAAGAGGAAGAGAAAAUCUCAGGGCAGUGACUCAAAGACCUCACCAGCCAAGACUACUAAGAAAGUAAAGGUAGAAGUGUACAAGCUUACCAAGGAACAGAAAUCCCUUAUCAAGAAUGAUGAACAAAACAAGAAGGUGUGGGAUGAAGCCAUGGGGUCACUGUCUCUUGGGCCGAAAUUCUUGAACAAAGUUGAAGAAGUUUUCCUCUGCAUUUGCUGUCAAGAAGUGGUCUUUCAGCCCGUCACCACAGAGUGCCAACACAAUGUCUGCAGGGAAUGCCUUCAGAGGUCCUUCAAAGCAGAGGUGUACACCUGCCCGGCCUGCAGGCACGACCUGGGCAAAAACUACUCCAUGGCCGUCAACAAAUCCCUGCAAGACAUUCUAAAUCAGUUUUUCCCAGGGUACAGCAACGGGCGAUGAUCAUUGGUUCUGCCUACUCAACCCUCGAGGAAACGUGAUGUAAACUGUAAGGGGAAUUUUCAGUAGAGGCAAUAAAGAAUCAGUUUCUCUUAAUAUAUUUUUUAUGAUUUAUAAAACUACAAGUUUUGUGGACUUCAAUGCUACCAUUUUUCGCCUUUUUGAUCUGCCAUGAUGUGUAGUUAAUGAUAAUUGGAAGUUCCUUUGUAAGUGUGCCAUUACUCCGUUAAUACCUUCAACCGUGAUUUUACUCCCAGCGUUUUGUUUUGUUCCAUUAACUAAUGCUAAUUUUAUCCAUAAUGUAAAAUGUUACUUAUAACUACAUCCCUCCAUGUGUAGCACUCUUUAAGGGAACGUUACGUCAAAAGUGGUUUAGCCGUUUGCCCAACUUCUUUGGAGAUUCUUUUGUAUACGACUGUUGUUAGAGUCUGGAUCGUAUCUGGUCUGCCGUUAGUUUAGCUGUGGUUGGUCGUCGUUUUGGUGCAAUUCUCUGAUCUUGCAGUUGCUGGUCUACAUUCACAUCUGACCUUUAAGACUCUGUUAAGUGCCUCCUGUAGUUGUGUACUUGUCUGUACUGUACUUUUUAAAUUCCCCCUGCUUAUUCUGUUUGUUUUUUACAGACACAGUGCAGGUCGAUUUCCUGUUAAGAAAUCAGUUGACACACAACUAGAGAAAUGGACUAUAUAGAUAAUGUGACACUUUGUUUGUCCUGGCAUGAUCAGAUGAUUGAAAUUGCACCAACAUAUAAUUUCUAGAGAAAAUAAGUUUUCUGAAACUAAAGUUGCUCCAUAAAAUGUGGACGAGCUCUAACAUACAACCACAAACUGUUUAUACAACCACAAGUUAAAAAACAAAAUUCUGCUCCUCAGAUUUCUGAGACAGUGUCUUGUCGGGGAGGGGUGUCAUCAAGUGUGAUUGGCUUUUCUAACUUGUGUAUUGGUUCCUUUAAAUGUUUUUACAUAGUAAUUUUUAUAUUUGUAUAUGAAAGUUGGUUUAAAAGUUACUAUGAAUUUGAUAAAACCUUGAUAGCUAAACAUGAUAGAUUCUCGAGGCCAUUAUAUUCUUUGGUAUAGAAAUGUAUUUCCCCAUGUUUUUGAAGAGGUUCACUUUUAUAAAGCCCAAAGAAGCAAAAGUGCUUAACCAAGAGUGUAAUGUAGAACUCCCAUCUAUCUAGCUCUUUAGACGUUGUCCCUGAUGCUCAAACCUAAUUGAGUCUAGAAACUGUAUGUUUUUGUUUUUUUGCGAAAAUAAAAAUUUGUACUUUUGACAUCUUUUAUAAUCUAUUACUGCCAUUUGUUGGGGGGCUAUUCAGUCAGAUUUUUGUGUCUCCUGUGGUCUCUUGUAAUACCUGACCUCAUUUGAAAAAAAAAAAAGAAAAUGCUUGCAUUAGGUUGAAACAUUUAAGGAAAUUCCACACACUGUUCCUGAAAUUUGAUAUUGAAUCGGCUAAAUUAUCUGAAUUUGUUAUAUAUUACUUUUGCCGUUGCCUUUUUAUUAAUAUUUGGUGUUGAAUUUCAACAGCAGUGUGUGUGACAAUGUCCAUCCACAUAUCAGCAUUUUGAUUUUUAACGGAGAGACAAAUAUUUGCAUAGACCGGGAAAUGUAUAUUUUCAGAAAUUGUAUAAUUUUAGUCCAUUUUAGUUUUGAUAUGUAGUUUUAGAAUUGCUUGCACAGGUUUGGUGCAAAGAUUUGUCAAUACAUUUUCAGUGUUAUUCAAUAAAAAAGUGAAAAUGA